CAUGAUUUGUGGUAAUUUUUAUUUUCUUUUCUGCUUUGUUCUAUGCUGUAUCUAGCAUAGAGGCCAGCCUCGAAAUUAGUUCUACCCCACAUUUCACAAGCAACCACAACCACAACCGUCGACUCGCAACAAGUCCAACGGCAAUCUUCUGCCAUAUUUCCCUUCCCGGCGCGAGCGCCUCAAGGCCAUGCCUCUAGCGCCCUCCACUCGGCCUCAGCAUGGAAUUUGAGGUCUCAUACUCUCUCGACAACGAGGAGCAAUUCUGGGAAGAACUGAGCGAUAUCCUGUCCUCGGACUCCACAGACCAUGAGCUGAUAGACAACGCUCUGCGGAGCUACUUGAGCUUCACGACCAAAUUCAAGGGUGCGCGUUCCGGUGUCUGCUUGCGUGGAAGAAAGCUGACUGACGAAGACGAGUACCUACAGUCUGAAUACGAUGUGGCGCGGUCCUCGUACAGACUGACGCAGUCGGCCUUGUUCAAGACGUCAAAAGAGUAUGUGCGGAGGCAGAUUGUGUAUGGCUUGCUACAGGAGGAGGAUGCGCCGACACUGCAUAUGAUAGCAGCUUUUCUUCUGAUUGAUGGUCGAAGCGACGAUGAGACCCUACGCAUGAUGCAGACUGAGGGGGUGUUUCCUCGCUUGGUGGAGUUAACGCAAGAAGAGCAGAUACAGGAAGAUCCAAGCUUGCAUAGAACGCUGCUGGAGCUGUUGUAUGAGAUGUCGAGGAUACAACGACUGACAUGGGAAGACUUGACGGCUGUUAACGACACAUUCGUUCUCUACUUAUUCCAAGUAAUCGAAGGCGCUUCUGACGACGUGAACGACCCAUACCACUACCCUAUAAUACGAGUCUUACUUGUCCUCAAUGAACAAUACAUGGUCUCAUCGACCCAUCCCGCCAAAGGCGCCCGCACCCCUACGCCCCUCACAAACCGCGUAAUCAAAGCCCUUAGCACUCACGGCACGUCCUACAAGACCUUCGGCUGUAACCUCAUCCUACUUCUCAACCGCGAGUCGGAGACUUCACUCCAGCUACUGAUCCUCAAACUCUUAUACCUCCUCUUCCAGUCCACAUAUACGGCAGAGUACUUCUACACCAAUGACCUCUACGUUCUACUCGACGUGAUACUGCGCAACCUGCUUGAUUUACCAUCUGAUAGCCCCCCAGCUGCCGCUCUUAGACAUACCUAUCUACGUGUUCUGCAUCCACUACUCGCGAAUAGCCAGCUCGCUACACCGCCGCAUUACAAACGCGCCGAGGUGCUCAAGAUGCUAAGCCUCCUCGCCGAUUCUGGCACACACUUCGCGCCCGUAGACGAGACGACGAUGCGGCUCGUCACACGCUGUACCUCAGUCCCAUGGCUAGUACCGAAAACUCCCCUGAACUAUCAUGACGACGACAACGACUCGCCGACCACACCCCAAGCUACAGAGGGUGCGGACGAACCAAGCUCAAGCCCCGAAAAGGGCGCAGCGGGUGCAGGCCAGAGGGAACUGGCAAGACGGAUGCUGGGCAUGAGUGUGAAAGGAGAGGGUGCGAGCGAGAGCACGUUAAGCGUGGUGCAAGUCGCAGAGCACAUGGCGAAGCCAGGUGAGGUGACGCCGAGUCGGGGGUUUACAUAGCGAUAUCCCAUGAUUUAGUCAUCGGUUUAUAUAUAUAUAUAUAUACAAUUAUAGCUAGUAUGUAAAUAGAGCUGCCAUACGACGCGUACACAUGCUUUUCCUAUAUCCACACUGGACUAGUUAGUACAUACAGUAGCAACACUACAG